AUGCUGUCUCCGCCCACCGCCCACACCUCGCCCGUCGCUCUCGCCGCCCCCCUGCCCGUCGCCCUCGCUUCCUCCGCCCGUCGCCCUCGCUUUCCCCCGCCCUUCCCAUCGCUUACCCCUCCCGUUGCCUUCGCUUCCCCCGCCCGUUGCCUUCGCUUCCCCCGCCCGUCACCCUCGCUUCCCCUCCCCAUCGCUCGCCCCGUCAACCUCUGCUCUCCCACCUGUCGCUGCGUCGGCGUCGUUCUCAUUCCCGCCGCCGACUCUUCGUCGAGUCUCCAUCUUAUUCGCCCUCUCAUCCUUUCCCCGUCGCCCAUGCCUACUCCCCUCUCUCGCGCCGACGCCCUGGUUUUUCACCCCGCCGCCUUCUCUCCGCUUCCCAUUCGUUCACCUAUUGUCCCUUUAAUAGCUGCUGCUUUGAUCUUGCGGAGGCCACUUUCCCCCUUCUCUCUCCGUUUUCAGUCGCAUCAUCUCCCAAUCCGCCCACGUCGCAACGAUGAUUCUAAUUCAUGCCAGCAUCCUUCCCGCCUGCCCUCUUCUCCCUGUUCCUCUAUCUUCGUACCGCUUCCUCUUCUUCUUACUGUCUCGUCAAGCCCGACUGUCCUCCUCUCUCCCCCCUGUCCUCCUCUCUCCCCCCUGUCCUCCUCUCUCCCCCCUAUCCUCCUCUCUCCCCCCUGUCCUCCUCUCUCCCCCCUGUCCUCCUCUCUCCCCCUUGUCCUCCUCUCUCCCCCCUGUCCUCCUCUCUCCCCCCUGUCCUCCUCUCCCCCCCCCUGUCCUCCUCUCUCCCCCCUGUCCUCCUCUCUCCCCCCUGUCCUCCUCUCUCCCCUCUGUCCUCCUCUCCCCCCCCUGUCCUCCUCUCCCCCCCCUGUCCUCCUCUCUCCCCACUGUCCUCCUCUCUCCCCCCUUUCCUCUGUUGGGAACAAACAAUCUUAA